AACAUUUAGCAUUGUCCUCCCAUUAGACAAAAAAGAAAGAUCUUUUCUUACGGCACGUAGGAGGAUAUCAUUUUUAAAUUCCCGCUCUCUAAAACUGCUAUAUAUACUCUGUCCUAGUUCUUCAAACUUGCUUGCAAAUCAUCAAAAUUCAAAAAAUAAAUAAAUAAUGUUUUCUUUUACUCUUCAUUUCUGCUUGCUAAUUCCUAUUCUACCACUACUAGCGGUGGCUCAAACUAAUCUCAACAUUAGUUUGGGAUCAUCCCUUCAAGCCUCCGAUGACUCUCCUCCUUGGCAUUCACCUUCUGGUGACUUUGCCUUUGGAUUUCAUCGUCUCGAUAAUCAAAAUCUGUUCUUGCUCGCCAUCUGGUUCGACAAAAUCCCAGAUAAAACUCUAGUCUGGUAUGCAAAUGGAGAUAAUCCGGCACCAGAAGGAUCAAAAGUCGAUCUCACACUCGAUGGAAGGUUCAUACUCAACGACCCACAAGGCCGAAACAUCUGGGAAGCGCCAAUCCGUGAAAGGGCUAAUUAUGCUGCCAUGCUCGAUAAUGGCAACUUUGUUCUUGUAAACAAUGAAUCUGGCUAUGUUUGGGAGAGCUUCCAGCUUCCAGCAGACACCAUCUUACCAACACAAGUAUUGGAAGUCGGUGGAAAGCUGUCUUCAAGGCAAAAGGAGAGCAACUUCUCCAAAGGAAGGUUCCAACUCCGUUUGCGACCAGAUGGCAAUCUUGUGCUCAACACCAUUGCCUUGCCAACACAGUACGAAAAUGACCCUUAUUAUGUUAGUCAUACUUCUGAUAGAGCAAAUACAAUGAAUUCUGGCUACUUGGUGAAUUUUAGUGAGUCGGGUUACAUCUAUGUUCUCGGAAGGAAUGGAAAUAUUGCUAACCUCACUUCUGGAAAUAUAGUCCCUGCAAGAGAUUUCUACUAUAGAGCAACCCUUGAUUAUGACGGGGUUUUUGUGCAGUAUGCUCACCCCAAGGCUCCGAGAAAUGGGAGCUCGGUUCAGUCCUGGUCCCCUGUGUGGUCCGUGCCUAAGGAUAUAUGUGCUGAAAUUCAGGAUGAGAGAAGCAAAGGGGCUUGUGGCUUUAACAGUUACUGCAUACCUGACUCGAACUUAAGGCCAGCCUGCCAGUGCCUUCCAGGAUUUUCGUUCUCUGAUCCGAAUAACAAAUUCAAUGGCUGCAAUCAAGACAGUGUUCAGAAAUGCGAGCCAGGUGCUGCAAAGCCGGAAGAUCUAUAUGAUAUGCGUGUGUUGCCUAACACGUUUUGGCCUUUUUCUGAAAACUACCAAAUGUUGAAGCCUUUCAAUGAAGAUGAUUGCAGUAGAUCUUGCUUCAAUGAUUGCAAUUGUGUGGUUGCUGUGUUUGCAGAUGACGAUAUUUGCUAUAAGAAGAAACUGCCCCUCUCUAAUGGGAUGGAGAACCAAAACCGCAAUGGGAAGGCUUUUAUCAAAAUACCAAAAUCUGAUAUAUCAUCAGGCGACCAAUAUUUUCCAGAAUCAAACAGGGAGAAAAAAGAUCAAACUACCCUGAUUCUGGUUUUAUCACUUCUUCUAGGUGGCUCUGUAUUCCUCAACUUCCUCCUUGUACCGGCAAUUUCAAUAGUUUUCUACGGCUCGUACCAAAAGAAACAGAAAUUCAAUAGAGUGCCAAGUAUUUUGGAAACAAAUCUCCGGUCAUUCACUUACAAAUAUAGUUGUUAAAGGCUCAAGGCGCACAAAAGCGCAAAGGCCUCCUGGAGCCUGAGGCGCAAGGCGAGGCGCACAUUGAAAAAAAAAAAAAAAUCUAUAUAUAAAGAUGCAAAAGUCAACUAAAUCAAUUCCUUAAGUUCAAUAUUCAACAUAUUGAUACCAAAGCCAACUAAAUCAAGUACUUGAGUUCAACAGUAAAUAAUUAAACAUAUUAAUAUAAAGAUGCAAAAGUCAACUAAUGAGAAUUAUGAGAUAAAACUUAAACAAACAUAGACAACAAAAUACUAGGCAUCUUUUAAAAUACAAACUACAUUCAAAUUCAAGAUAACAAAAUAAAUUCAUGUCAACUAUUGGUGUUGUAACAAAAUAAACCAGAUUUCAAUUAGCAAAAAAAACCAGAUUUUAAUUAGCAAAACCAGAUUUCAUGUCAGUUAGCAAAACCAGAUUUCAAUUUCAAAGCAAUAUUAACAUUUCAAUUUUUUAAAAAAAAAUACAGAGCUGCAGUCC